AUGACAAACAAUUAUAUUGUUUUAUUUUAUGAUCUUUUAAAUUUAAGGUACUAUAGAAAUGAGUUAGUUGUAAAUUAUUACAGUGAUUAUAUAGAAUCACUGUCACGUGGGAAAAUUAGUUACAAUCGUAUAUUUUCUAUUAAUGAAAAUUCCGAUGACAACAAUCAGACGGAAUCAACUGAUGUAGAAAAUUUUACAUAUGAACAUUUAAAAAUAAAGGACAUUGAAAAGAUAUUAAUGUUUGAUUCUUCAGUUGCAGAAGCUGGAUCCAAUUCUGUCAACGGUUGUUCUGUAACAUCCCGCGAAUCAUCAAAUGAAUCUUCUAGCAGCGAUUCUUCAUCCAGUGAAUUAUUCGUUUCUGAAAAUGAAAAUUCUGCUAUGAGUAAUUAUAUAAGUGUACCUCCUCAUAACAGAGGUCGUGUUACAACUACUGCUACUAUGCACAAAUCUGCUCAAAAGGACUUUGUUUACAGUGGUAUGACAACUAGCCUUUCAGAAAAUAGUGACCGAGGAAACAGAGCAAGAAAUAACUUAAUACCGGAUAAUAAAAAAAGCUAUAAUAUGUUUUACAUCAACACAUCGAAUAAUAAAUGGUUAUUACUGUUUAAAGAAUCUUUUGAACCCAAUUUAUUAAACAUAUUGUCUAGUGACCAAAAUUCGAUAACACAUUUUGGUUUUGGUCUAUUGGUCAAUUUUUACAAAUAG